CUAGCAUGGAGGGAUGGAGGUUGUGAUGGACGAGAUGCAGGUUGAUGAAAGAGAGACGAUGUCGAUGUCGAUGUCGGUGUCGAUAUGAAGGGCGGAAUUCUAGAAAACGAUGGAACGGACAUGAUCGAUCGACUUGAGCUUCACUCCAACAUCAACACCAACAACUUUCUCAUCUCGUUUCUCACCCUCCUGCAACACAAUCAUCCGCAAAAUGCUUGUACCAACAGCCAACACCCUAUUCUCUGUCCUGUACCGUGGUACUGGUUAUUCCCAGCUUUAUCAGGUGGGACCCUGUCACGAAAACAUCUUCUUUCCACCACUCCGACCCCAAGUCCUACUCUGACGUGGAAACCAUAUUGAAACCCUUUUCACGGAUCAGAUAUGCCGAAACCCUCGCCAUCGAACUUCCACGCGAUGCACCGUCGACUGAAAGUAUGAAUGACUUCACAAAUCGACUCACUAGCUCUUGCAUCGAGAAAAGAUCUUUCGGUUUGGAUGUGCGUGAGGAAGUAAGAUUGAACGAUGACGAUACUCUCGCUGUCGAAGACGCAUCCUCGACGUAUGGCUCGACUAUCUUCUCGACGACCUGAACGGCCUAACAGCGGCAAUUUUAAGGCGCGAUCGAUUCAAGUUGUGGUGCUCAGAAUACGAAUAUCAGAUGGGCAGGCACUUUCAUGGCUUCUUCAGCCGAGGUGGUAUCUUCGGCGACGGUGACUUUCAUGGUGGUGCCUGGGGCUGCCUGGAAGAUGAGCUCCUUGACCACAUCCAGAAAGCCUUCCACGACAGGUUUAUGAGUGCCAGGGAGCACGUUAUCGCCGCACAGAGGGACAUCUUAAGAGGGCGUGGACAAAACUGUGGUCCGACACAUGGACCAAGAAAUCGGGCCCUGGUACGCCCGCGAUGACCUUGGACGACAAGGAUUGCAGGCAAAACUUGGGCACUGAAGAGACAUUCUGGGAGACAUAUUAUCCCGAUGGAAUUGAGCCAAAAUUUGGGAAUGAGAACCGGGAAGACACGCAGCAGAUCAAUCUGGUACAUCGUUUGGAGCUCCCCGAAGCACGAGACCUGACGGCCUGCCAGACAUUCCCGCCACGCAUUAACGCCUGCAAACACUGCGAUCAAGACCCUCUCACGAUAGAGGUAGCAAAGUCGUCUCGGCAGCCCUUACGAGAAUAUCUGUUCAAGUUCAGACAGGGCCUGCAUGGUCAGGGUGGUUAGGCCCCAUUGAACCUCCUACUCGGAGCUCAACGUUCCAAGACCAACAAGGCCACGUCGGAGACCUACCCGGCGGCAAGGUCACUGCUUCGAAAACGACUGGCCAACCCAGAACAGAGGAAGAGCACCAACCCGUCCAAGAUGCUCUGGCGCCCACGACCCCAAUGUUCGGUCAACGGCGUCCAGCAUGGCUAUGAACGAUCAGCUUCACACGGACUCAGACUCGGCAUUUUCCUUUCCCUUGGAAUGUGGAAGCGAUGAUGGAAUAAGGAAGACCUCAGAGGAACGGGGUUCAUGUACCUUACUGUGCUUGACAACGCGAGCCAGACUCCAGACCUCUCGUAAGUUAUAGUUAGUCGAAUCCAACACAAAGUAUUUCCUCCUUCUGACUUACUCCCAUAUACUACUAGC